GGGAGCGCCUUAGUUCGGCGGCGGCGGGCGCUCGGCGGGACGCGGCGGGCGGGCAGCGGCAGCGUCGGGGCGGCCGCGCCUUCGGGAGCGCGUCCGGCAGCGGCUCCGGGAGCGCCUCCCGCCGCCUCCGCCGGCCGGCCCGGACCGGGGCUGCCAUGGGGCGGCCGCUGUGAGCGCGGCGGCGGCGGGGCUGCGCCUCUCGCCCCGGCCGGGGCUCCCCUCCAUUGUUCCCGGGAGCGGCGGCUCCGCGCCGCCGCCGCCGCCCGCGGGGCUCCGCUUGUAGGGGCUGAGAGCCCUGCGGAGACCGGGGCCAGCCCAGGGCCCCCAUGGAGUGGGAGUUGUGGAGCCCAGUUGCCGAGCAGUAGCUGCAGCAGUGGGAUGUUUACCUGGCGGUGCCUCAUCCUUUGGGCUGUGCUGGUCGCAGCCGCGCUCUCCGCCGCCCGGCCGGCCCCCACCCUGCCCGACCAAGCUCUGGCCAAAGCAAAAAUUGAAGUGGAGUCGUACUCAGCCCACCCCGGUGAGCUGCUCCAGCUGCGCUGCCGGCUGCGGGACGACGUCCAGAGCAUCAACUGGGUGCGCGAUGGCAUCCAGCUGGCCGAGAACAACCGCACACGCAUCACUGGGGACGAGGUAGAGGUCAGGGACGUGGUGCCCGAGGACUCGGGGCUCUACGCCUGCAUGACCAACAGCCCCUCGGGCAGCGAGACCACCUACUUCUCUGUGAACAUCUCAGACGCUCUCCCCUCGGCAGAGGAUGAUGACGAUGAAGAUGAUUCCUCGUCGGAGGAGAAGGAGGCGGAUAACACCAAGCCGAACCAGGCCAUCGCUCCCUACUGGACCUAUCCCGAGAAGAUGGAGAAGAAGCUCCACGCCGUCCCCGCUGCCAAAACAGUGAAAUUCAAGUGUCCAUCGAGCGGGACACCCAACCCCACACUUCGCUGGCUGAAGAACGGCAAAGAGUUCAAACCUGACCACCGCAUCGGGGGCUACAAGGUCCGCCAGGCAACCUGGAGCAUCAUCAUGGACUCGGUGGUGCCGUCCGAUAAGGGCAACUACACCUGCAUUGUGGAGAACAAGUACGGCAGCAUCAACCACACCUACCAGCUGGACGUCGUGGAGCGGUCCCCGCACCGGCCCAUCCUGCAGGCAGGGCUGCCUGCCAACAAGACAGUGGCCCUGGGCAGCAACGUGGAGUUUGUCUGCAAGGUCUACAGCGACCCUCAGCCCCACAUCCAGUGGCUGAAGCACAUUGAGGUGAACGGCAGCAAGAUCGGCCCCGACAACCUGCCCUACGUGCAGAUCCUGAAGACGGCUGGCGUUAACACGACAGACAAAGAAAUGGAAGUCCUUCACUUAAGGAAUGUCUCAUUUGAGGAUGCUGGGGAGUAUACAUGUUUGGCGGGUAAUUCUAUUGGGAUCUCCCAUCACUCUGCAUGGUUGACAGUUCUCGAAGCUAUUGAAGACACCCCAGCCAUGAUGACGUCUCCUUUCUACCUGGAGAUCAUCAUCUACUGCAUCGGAGCCUUCCUCAUCUCCUGCAUGGUGGUGACCAUCAUCAUCUACAAGCUGAAGAGCACCACCAAGAAGACAGACUUCAACAGCCAGCUGGCCGUGCACAAGCUGGCCAAGAGCAUCCCCCUGCGCAGACAGGUAACAGUGUCGGCUGACUCCAGCUCCUCCAUGAACUCGGGCGUGAUGCUGGUGCGGCCCUCGCGCCUCUCCUCCAGCGGCACCCCCAUGCUGGCCGGCGUCUCCGAGUAUGAGCUGCCCGAGGACCCGCGCUGGGAGCUGCCCCGGGACAGGCUGAUCCUGGGCAAGCCUCUGGGAGAAGGGUGCUUCGGCCAGGUGGUGCUGGCAGAAGCCAUCGGCCUUGACAAGGACAAGCCCAACCGUGUGACCAAGGUGGCCGUGAAGAUGCUGAAGUCCGAUGCCACAGAGAAGGAUUUGUCUGACCUCAUCUCUGAGAUGGAGAUGAUGAAGAUGAUUGGCAAGCACAAGAACAUCAUCAACCUGCUGGGAGCCUGCACGCAGGACGGACCCCUCUAUGUGAUCGUGGAAUACGCCAGCAAGGGCAACCUGCGGGAGUACCUGCAGGCGCGGCGGCCCCCGGGCAUGGAGUACUGCUACAACCCCAGCCGCGUCCCCGAGGAGCAGCUCUCCUUCAAGGACCUGGUCUCCUGUGCCUACCAGGUGGCACGGGGCAUGGAGUACCUGGCCUCCAAGAAGUGCAUCCACAGGGACCUGGCAGCCAGGAACGUGCUGGUGACAGAGGACAACGUGAUGAAGAUCGCUGACUUCGGGCUGGCCCGUGACAUCCACCACAUCGAUUACUACAAGAAGACGACGAACGGUCGCCUGCCAGUGAAGUGGAUGGCCCCCGAGGCUCUCUUUGACCGAAUCUACACCCACCAGAGUGACGUGUGGUCCUUUGGGGUGCUGCUGUGGGAGAUUUUCACGCUGGGUGGGUCACCAUACCCUGGUGUGCCCGUUGAAGAGCUCUUCAAGCUGCUGAAGGAAGGUCACAGGAUGGACAAGCCCAGCAACUGCACCAACGAGCUGUACAUGAUGAUGAGGGACUGCUGGCACGCCGUCCCUUCCCAGAGACCCACCUUCAAGCAGCUGGUGGAGGACCUGGACAGGAUCGUGGCCAUGACCUCCAACCAGGAGUACCUGGACCUCUCCAUGCCGCUGGAUCAGUAUUCCCCCGGCUUCCCAGACACCCGCAGCUCCACCUGCUCCUCGGGGGAGGACUCUGUGUUUUCCCACGACCCGCUCCCGGACGAGCCGUGCCUUCCCAAGCUUCCCCCCCAGCACAGCAACGGUGGACUGAAGCGACACUGAGGGUGGCACUGCCAGGGGUGCCACGCUGUGCCACGCUGUGCCGUGCCCGUGGUGGACUGAAGCGACACUGAGGGUGGCACUGCCAGGGGUGCCACGCUGUGCCACGCUGUGCCGUGCCUGUGGUGGACUGAAGUGACACUGAGGGUGGCACUGCCGGGGGUGCCACGCUGUGCCACGCUGUGCCGUGCCCGUGGACGCUGCCUGCACAGCCUGCUCGUGCCGGGCUGUUGCAGAAGGGGUUCAGAGACAUCCGUGGCAUCUCACGUAACCAAAAGCACCCACGUCCUGCCAGCUUCUCCUGCCUCCUCGUGCCAGCUCUCCACAGCCCACAGGGUUCGGCUUCAGGGUUUUUAUGGCAUUUCCUCCUUUUGUUUUUAAACCUCUUUUCCAUGAAUUCUGUGCUUGGGUAUUCCCACUUGGCUGAGCUGAAAUCCUCUCCCGUGGGCAGUGCGUGGCCAAAGAGCCGGCCAGGCGUGCUGGGGUGGCACAUCCUGGUGGGGCACAGGGGCUGGGCUGGGCUGGGCUGGCACACACAGAACCUGCCAGGCCAGGAGCAGCACCUGGAUCCUGCAGCUGCACAAGGGGGAGCCUUGGAAUUCUGAGAGCCUUGGGGUGCCAGGAGCCUCACUGGGGUGCCAGGAGCCUCACUGGGGUGUCAGGAGCCUCAGUGGGGUGCCAGGAGUCUCACUGGGGUGCCAGGAGCCUCAGUGGGGUGCCAGGAGCCUCAGUGGGGUGCCAGGAGCCUCAGUGGGAUGCCAAGAACCUCAGUGGGGUGCCAGGAGCCUCAGUGGGGUGCCAGGAGCCUCAGUGGGGUGUCGGGAGCCUCAGUGGGGUGCCAGGAGCCUCAGUGGGGUGCCAGGAGCCUCUCUGGGGUGCCAGGAGCCUCCGUAUGCCCAGAGCCUCGUGGUGUGGGGGUCCCUCUCUGCCCAGUCCUGCAGCCCCCCAGGGCCAGCAGCAGUGGGCUUUGCUGAGCCACACCCGGCACAUCUGGUGCAGGAGCCCUGCUCUGCUGAGAGGUGACCAAACCCACCUGUGCUGAACCCAGAGUCCCGUGUACAUAACGAAAAAUAUGUAUAAAUAUGAAUAUAUAUUUACAUGUCUUUUUAAAAGGGUUGUUACCAGAGAUAUACCAGUUUGGUAGGAAGGUACUAGUGGCUGGUAGGUAUCAGUUGCUAUAAAAAAAAAAAUUCAUAUAUUUUGCUAUUUUUGCUGGUUUUAUUUUUUUAAAUUAUGUUCUAAACCUAUUUCAGUUUAGGUCCCUUAAUAAGAAUUGCUGCUGCUGCUGCUUCAGUUUUAUAUGGGGUUGUAUUAAACAAUAAUAAUAAUAAUGUGUCGAUGCCUUUUGGGAAUCUGUUGUCAUUGUGUGCCUGGCCCUGCCCUGGCCCUGAGUCCCCCCAGCUCCCUCCGGGGCUGGGGCCGGCCUCGGGUGGGGACAGUGCCCUGGGGAGGGGGCUGCCAGCCCUGCCCGGCCAUCCCUGCCCCUGGGGACUUGCAGGGGACGCGGGGCUCGGUGCCAGCCCCGCUGUGCCCCCCGAGCAGCCCCCGCUCCCCGGGCAGUGCCUGCCAGUGCCUUAGCAGGGCAGCAGCCUCCUGCCAGCUCUGCCUGUCCUGCUCCUGCCUGGGCUGUGCUCCAGCCAGCUGGCACCUGGGCAGAGCUGGCAUUGCCCUGGGGCCACCUAAAGCCCUCCCUGAUCCCUGCCUGGGCUGUGCUCCAGCCAGCUGGCACCUGGGCAGAGCUGGCAUUGCCCUGGGGCCACCUAAAGCCCUCCCUGCCUGCCUGGGCUGUGCUCCAGCCAGCUGGCACCUGGGCAGAGCUGGCAUUGCCUUGGGGCCACCUAAAGCCCUCCCUCCCUGCCGCUGGUGUCAAGAUGCUGGAGCCAGGCCACUGUUACUUGAAAAGUUUAUUUUGCCUUUGUAUGGAGAAAUAUUAUUUGUUGUAAACUCUUCUGUAAUGAAUCUGGAA